AUGAGCUGCCAGGGUCCAGCUUGGACACCUGAAAUUCUUGGCCUUCCGGGUCAGUAUGGACCGGCAGGGGCAAAGGGCGAUGCUGGGGUCAAAGGUGAGAAGGGUGAGACUGGUCCAAUUGGCGCUGUUAGGAACCCUAGCCCCAAAGGGGACGAAGGAAUGGGCCAUCCGGGUAAAGUAGGUCCCAGAGGUCCACCUAGUUUAGUUGGAGCCAUCGGGAAAGCAGGGGUCAAGGGUGCAAAGGGCAAGCCGGGGGAGACUUCAGAUGGUUCCGCCCAUAAGGUAGCAUUCACAGUGACGCGGCCAGGCCACUCAGAUCUUUCUACUGGUCACGACACCCGUUUGCCCUUCCAUCAGGCCGAGACGCUUUUGCCGGGUACCAGCUUCGAACUUGCAACGGGUAUAUUCACAUGUAAUGUACCGGACACCUACGUGUACACGUUCUCGGUAUGCAAAGCUUACUCUAGCAGUCUUUUAGUUCAUCUUAAGAGAAAUGACGACCGGGUUGUCUCUGGCCGUCGCACUGAUUCCGCUUCCUAUGAGCAGGUGUCCGGGAGCGCGGUGCUUGUUCUGCAGCGAGGAGACUGA